AUUGGACUUGUCCGUAUUUUUUCGAUCUUUUUCUUCUCUCCUGCUCUUGCGCCAAAGAUCAGAAUCUCCCGAAAACUUGCAGUCAAUACUUUCUUCUCAAAAUGUCAAUUUCCCUCAAAGUUAGAACAGAAAAAAACAAAACAUGUAAGGAUGGAGAGCAGAGAGAGAACAAUUUGUAUACGUAGAUGCAGAGACAACAUCUCAAACGUUUCAAUUCUUGCCUCUCACUUCUUCUUCUUCUUUUUUCCCUCCUCCUGCAAGCUCUCUGUAGCUAUCCAUAAGAAGGGGCUCUCAGAGCUCCUUCUCUCUCGCUCUUGAGCUUUCUCUCAUGGCGAUGGAAGGAGGUGAGCGAGAAGGAGGUCAGAUCUUGGACGGAGUUAUAGACGCCAUGCCCGUCUUUGCAAAGGAACUUGUAGCUGGAGGUGUUGCUGGUGGGUUCGCAAAGACGGCUGUGGCCCCGCUUGAGCGUGUCAAGAUUUUGUUCCAGACCAGAAGGGCAGAAUUCCAGAGUAUAGGCUUGUUGGGGUCCUUCGAAAAGAUUAUAAAGACAGAAGGAAUAUUAGGCUUUUACAGAGGAAAUGGAGCUAGUGUUGCUAGGAUUGUGCCUUAUGCAGCUCUGCAUUAUAUGGCUUAUGAGCAAUACCGCCGUUGGAUUAUACUCACUUUUCCUGGUGUUGGAAGAGGCUCCAUUCUUGAUCUUAUAGCAGGGUCGUUGUCUGGAGGAACUGCUGUGCUUUUUACUUAUCCUCUUGAUUUAGUGAGGACCAAACUGGCUUAUCAGGUUGUUCAAUCAUCCAGGUUAGGCAUCAAGGGUAUAAAUCAUGCUGAACAAUUUUAUAAAGGGAUUUUAGAUUGUUUCUCGAAGACCUAUAGGGAAAGUGGAUUGCGCGGACUCUAUCGUGGUGUAGCUCCUUCACUCUACGGAAUCUUCCCUUAUUCUGGUUUGAAAUUCUACUUCUAUGAGGAGAUCAAAAGUCAUGUUCCUGAGGAACACAAAAAGGAUGUCACGGUCAAACUUGUAUGUGGAUCCAUUGCAGGUUUAUUGGGUCAGACCUUCACUUACCCUCUUGAUGUUGUAAGACGGCAAAUGCAGGUACAACGUCUCUCAGCAUCUAACAGUGGAGAAGUGAAGGGAACAAUGGAAACUCUCAUCAUGAUUGGUCAGAAUCAAGGUUGGAAGCAAUUGUUUUCAGGGUUAAGUAUCAACUACCUGAAGGUAGUACCAUCUGUGGCAAUUGGAUUUACUGUCUAUGAUAGCAUGAAGUUAUGGCUGAGAGUUCCAUCACGAGAUAACACUGCUACUGGGUUAGUAACAGAAGGAAGAAAUGCCCAUAACUCGUCUCUCCACUCCUGACAAUUAUCCUAUUCUUGGCCAUAGCCAUUGAUGAGGUUUGCUUUGUAAUCUGGACUACUCUUGUAGGUCCAAUUUACUCUGUAACCUCCCACCACGUAAAAAUCCCAUUCUUUCCAAAUAAUUUGUUGAUGAGGUUUUUCAUAGCUCCUGUCAAUUCCUGUGAGCCUGGCACUGCAUUUCUGAGCUAGGAUCACUAGAAGAUUUUAUCUUCCCUCUAGUGGUUCUGUUACGGCUGAGUUUGGAAAGAGUACAAAUGAAAAUAUGUACUGUGCAAAUACAUACAAAAUAAUGCAAAAUAUAAGGUUUUGCACUCUACAUAUUUGCAUUUGUACUCCUUCCAAACUAAGCCGUAGCUCCUAAACUGAACAAGCAUAGUCUCCCUUUUCUGUGUCCAAAAUAAUUGCAUAGUGUACAUUUACAUGUUUCCAAUCAAAUCUGUACUUCUAACCUGGUU